CUACCACAAUUCACUACUUUACCCAGCAACCAAUCGCUCAACUGCAAGCUGGCUCCAACGCUUCGCGAGUGUUUCCCAUUUAAACAAACAGUACUGAAGAUGGCGGAGAGUUAAUGGUGUAAAGAAGAAAUUAUUUAUCUGGCAGAAACACGAGUCUACUUGACUCUCGCCCAGAUAGGACCACACCUCCGGAGGGGGGGGCGGGACCAGACUGUCCGUCUACUUGGCGCCGUCACAAGGUGCUGAUAUGUACACACGAUGAGCGGACCUGUGGGAGACAACUCCAUGGAGCCCAUGAGCUCGGAAAACCGAAAGCGCAAGUUGUCCACCUGCGACACGCCCGGCCUGGGGUGCGAGAGGAGGCGCCGGGAGCAGGAGAGCAAGUACAUCGAGGAGCUGGCGGAGCUGAUCUCGGCCAACCUCGGGGACAUCGACAGCUUCAACGUGAAGCCGGACAAAUGCGCCAUCCUCAAGGAGACGGUGCGACAGAUCCGCCACAUCAAGGAGCAGGGUGAGUCACGCACACGCGCUCAGUCACGCACGCACACUGUCUCUCUCUAGCUCACUCGCUCACUCACCCCUCGCUAAACACACACUAACGCACACACACCUUGCGGGAGUCUGUAUCCGAGGCUGUUGUGUGGGGGGUUGGUCAUGCGGAGCUCUGCAGAUGUGCUGCUGGAGUGGAGGCGAGAUAAAGAGAGGAGGAGCAGUGUGUAUAUGUUUGUGUGUAUGUGUGAUGUGCACGAUCACAUCUGGAUGUUAUCCUGCCCCCCCCCCCCCCCCCAACACCACCCCACCCCCACAAAGUCAACCCUGUCGCACACAUUUGUCUCCUCUCGGAGACCAGGUGCAAGGACAAAUCAUUCAUCUCCCUCCCAAUUUCAGAGCAUCAACCGUGCUGUUUGGGAGGAAACAUUGGCACUGUUUUGUGAACCUGUCAUUAUGUGUAUUUGUAUGUUUGUCCGUCCGUGUAUGUGUGUGUGCGUGUGUGUGUGUGUGUGUGUGUGUGUGUGUGUGCGUGCGUGCGUGCCCAGCUGUGCACCGGCCGCGGCCAAGGGUCGCUUAAUUGAAGUUUCCAGCAGCCGAUCUCCGAGCCGCUGAGUUGCCAAACUAUUAGGCCCCAAUACAGCUGCUGCUGCUGCUGCUGUCACGAUGCUCUCUUCAAACCCCCCCUCCCGCCUCUCCCCAGGGGACCCUGAGUUCCCCCCCCCGGCCCACGCG